UCAAUUUUGGCGGAAUCUCAGGACUAGGAGGGAGAUAACUGCGGCGAUCUACACAGGCCACGAUCACGAGCCUGCGAGGGCGUGAUUAUAGGGCAUCGUGGUAGGUGGUGGCGGUGGUGCGUGACCACAUUCGGCAUGGAGCAGCGGCGGCUUCGCCACCGGAUCCUUGUCGUGCCUCUCCCACUCCAUAGCCCUCCACCAUCCGCCGCCGGCGAGCACAGAGCCACGGUUGUUGCGCUCGACCGUGAGGAGGCCACGGCGGCACGAGUAGCCAGGCCGAAGCGGAUGCGCUCCUACUCCUAUGCUGCCGGCAUGGGCCUCCCGGAUGAGAUCGUGGUGUGGGAUAUCUUCCUCCGCCUCCCCUCCAAGGCGAUCCUACGCUGCCGCGCGGUCUGCCGCUCCUGGCGGGGCAUCACCUCCGCCCCCGACUUCCUCCUCGCCCACCACCGGCGCCAGCCGUCGCUCCCCCUCGUCGCGCUCGACGCCACUGACAGCGGCUUGUCACUCUCCGACGCCACCGCCAAGUGCUGCCCACCCAUCCUCGGCUUCGACGACUACGACGGCUGGAAGCUCGCAGCAUCCUGCGACGGCCUCCUCCUCGUCUCCCUCUCCAACGCCCGCUUCAGCAUCUGCAACCCGGCCACGCGUCAGUGCGCUCCACUCCCAGGUCUAACCACCGUCCGCUACAUCCACGUUGCUGGGCUCUACCCCCACGGCUCGUCUGGAGACUACCGUGUUCUCUACUGGAAAAGGCCUGAGUACUACAUCCUCAGUAUGCAGCAGCGGCACUCGUCCAGGCGCAUUGGAGUUCCUACUGCUUCCCCUGACAUGAAGAUGGUCAUGAGGGAAGAGGAAGGGUUGAUUUCUAAAACUAGGGAUCCACCUAUCAUGCUGCGCAACUGCCUUCACUGGAAGCCUGCCCACUACGACGAUCCCAACUAUGCCGCAGGUAUAGUUGUUUUCGACACGGUGACUGAGUUGUUCAGGCUUAUGCCUGGCCCAGCUGCUGCUGCCACCACUGCCAGCCGACGCACCUCUUUGCAUGACAUGGAUGGUUCUAUUGGACUUGGUUGCUUUGAUGAGGAAAGUGCAACGGCCAAAAUCUGGGUGCUGGAGGACUACGAGAAGGAGGUCUGGUCAUUCAAGUACCAAAUUGAGCUCCCAGUAUGGAGCAUGCCUCACCAUGCAUAUGUACAGCGUGUGGUCUUGCCGCACAGUAGAAACAUGUUGGUCUGCCGUCACUCUAACUUUUUCAGUAGUUGCAUGUUCCAUCAUGACACCAACGGCAAUUUGCUAGAGGAACUCAGAUGGGGGCCAUGGCGUUCGAGCAUUACCGGCCAUUGGUUCAAAGAAAGCCUUGUCAAGCAUGCCUUCUUCCCCAGCCCAAGUGGUGCACCGCCACUUCUUUUCCGAAAGCUCAGAGAUGACGGCAGAAUUUGAUAACAAGUACUGGGUGUCUGGGUUACAAUGAGAAGAAUAACUUUUGGUGCUGCGGGGGAAAGAGUUUGAACUAGUUGUGCCACAUUCAGAUACUUCUGUCUGAUCACAAUAUAGAUACAUGCAAUGUCCCACUCCCACGGUUGCUCCUUCAGUACAUUUACUUUCGGUUUUCUAUUGUAUGAAUAUUAUUGCAGUUCUUCUAGUUUGCUUGUACUGGAUUAAAGUUCUGAAACCAGGUUUUUAUAUAUUCAAAAAUAAGUACACCCAGUGCAUUAUUGUACUGAGUUUGUGCAUCCAA